GGUGCGCGUGCGCGGUGGGGAGAUGGCGGCGACGUCUGGGGACGGGGACGAUUCUCUGUACCCGAUCGCGGUGCUGAUCGACGAGCUGAGGAAUGAGGACGUGCAGCUCCGUCUCAAUAGCAUCAAAAAGCUGUCCACCAUUGCGCUGGCUCUAGGUGUGGAGAGAACGCGAAAUGAACUGCUGCCAUUUUUAACAGAUACGAUUUAUGAUGAGGAUGAAGUACUGCUUGCUUUAGCUGAGCAGCUGGGAUCAUUCACUGCCCUGGUGGGAGGCCCAGCACAUGUCCAUUGCCUGCUGCCCCCGCUAGAGAGCCUGGCCACAGUGGAGGAGACGGUGGUGCGGGAAAAGGCCGUGGAAUCGCUGCGCACCAUCUCCAAGGAGCACUCUCCCUCGGACCUGGAGCGCCACUUUGUACCCCUUGUCAAGCGUCUCUCUAGCGGCGACUGGUUCACAUCCCGCACGUCAGCCUGUGGCCUCUUCAGUGUUUGCUAUCCUCGUGUCUCCAGCACUGUCAAGUCGGAUCUCCGGCAGUACUUCAAGCAGCUCUGCACAGAUGAUACCCCCAUGGUGAGGCGAGCAGCCGCUUCCAAACUAGGUGAGCUUGCAAAAGUUCUUGAGCCGGAGAACAUCAAGUCUGAGAUCCUGCCCAUGUUCACCAACCUGGCCACAGACGAACAGGAUUCUGUACGGCUGCUGGCGGUUGAGGCCUGCGUCUGCAUUGCACAGCUGCUGAAGCACGAGGAGCUGGAGAAGAUGGUGAUGCCCACGCUUCGCCAGGCCAUGGAGGACAAAUCGUGGCGUGUACGCUACAUGGUGGCAGACAAGUUCACUGUGCUGCAGAAAGCCGUAGGCCCUGAGAUCACCAAGAAAGACCUGUUGCCAGUCUUCCAGAACCUCCUGAAGGACUGUGAAGCUGAAGUCCGUACUGCCGCUGCCCAGAAGCUCAAAGAGUUCUGUGAGAACCUGCCCAAGGAUGUUCGGCAACAGAUCAUUCUGAACCAGGUCCUGCCCUGUGUCAAAGAGCUGGUCUCAGAUGGUAAUGAACACGUGAAAUCAGCAAUAGCUUCGGUCAUCAUGGGCCUCUCCCCCAUCUUGGGGAUGGACAGCACCGUGGAACAUCUCUUGCCUCUCUUUUUGGUGCAGCUGAAAGAUGAGUGCCCAGAGGUCCGUCUGAACAUCAUUUCCAACCUGGAGUGUGUGAACGAGGUGAUUGGUAUCAAACAGUUGUCGCAAUCACUGCUGCCUGCAAUCGUGGAGUUGGCAGAAGAUGCCAAGUGGAGGGUGCGCCUCGCCAUCAUCGAGUAUAUGCCCCUGUUGGCAGGGCAACUGGGUAUGGAGUUCUUCAACGAGAAGCUGAACUCUCUCUGUAUGGCCUGGCUAGUGGAUCACGUUUAUGCCAUCCGAGAAGCAGCCACCAACAACCUGAAGAAGCUGACCCAGAAAUUCGGAAAGGCCUGGGCCCAGAACAUCAUUAUCCCUAAAGUGUUGGCCAUGUCUAACGACCCCAACUACCUUCACAGGAUGACCACCCUGUUCUGUGUCAAUGUUCUGUACGACGUGUGUGGGAAGGACAUCACCACCAAGCUGAUGCUGCCUACCGUCCUGCGAAUGUCCAGCGAUGCUGUAGCCAAUGUCCGCUUCAACGUGGCCAAGACGCUCCAGAUGAUUGGGCCUACCCUUGACAAAAACACACUACAAAAUGAUGUUAAGAUGGUGCUGGACAAGUUAUGGCGAGACCAGGAUAUAGACGUGAAAUACUUUGCUCAGGAAGCACUGAUUGUGCUGUGCCUGAACUGACACCAGCCAGGGUACUGGAGCUAAGCCAGGUACCACAGUUCAAGUUUUGUGUUUCUAAGUUACGUCGACAGUCAGUGGGUGAUCUGGGACAUUCCUGAAGACAGGUGACCGAUCCUCCUCAGUACCAGUGCACACACUGGGAAGGAAGAGUGAGAGGUGGAGGUGGUUGUGUCCGUCGAUGGGAAGCUGCUAGUCACACAUGGUGCAUUCCUUAGCCACGUAGUAGGUGGUUUACAAUUUGUGCCUGGUGAUGACCUUGCCAUCUGGCUUUCUGCUCUCUUCCCUCUUUCUCAUGCCUUGUUUCCCCUCCCCUCGCUAUCUCUUGUUCUUUGCCUCAAGUUGUAACCUUGCAUUUGACAAGUGAUCUGUUUCCUUGAAAGUUUACUGUUCCAAAGAGAAAAUAAACUGAGGUUCGGUUGUUUAAUAAAGAUAGAUGCGAAUGUUUUCUUCA